CAUCAUUCCUGUGCCAUGCACUUUGCCCAGCAAACCUUGAUUUUCUUUCUACUUGCAUCACUGUUUUUAUGGGCAUUCACUUUCUGUUUGGUAACUCUUAGAACCGUACCCAACUUUGGCAAGACUGAAAAGGAGUCCCACAGACAGUGGAGUGAAUUUCUACGCGAUUGAACAGCAUCCAAUGAAGAGAGCAUUUAACACCAACACAUAAUCUAUUAUCUAUUUUUAUAAUAUU